CCCAUGCAGUGGUGAAAGACAACUUGAUGUCUUCAUAAUUUACAGUCAGAUAUCUUUAUGUUAGGACGUUUCUUAACCAGCUCCUUCAGAAUUCAGCCCAUGUCGUUAAGAUGACCAAAAUACGUCCUGCCCUGACUGAAUAGCUUUUUAAUGUGUGUACCCUUUGUGUAGUACACUCUCAACUCCCGGAUACUACUAGAGCGUACAUAUACGGGGCUGAAGUUUAGUUAUUCAUUGUGUGUGUGUGGAACUCACAUCUGCUCGAUCGUCGGCAGAUAUUUGUUGCGCUUUUGGAAUUUACUUCAAGAUGGCGGGCCUUGGCAGCACAGUCAUUUUUCUAGUCUGCGUGGUGAUUGGAAUCAUCCUGCAAUCUGAAAGCUGUUUUGCUGGACAUCCAGCGACCUCUUUGACGUGGACAGCACAUUAUACACAAGAGGGAAGAUUGUUGGAAAGAAUGUACAAUUCCAGCGGUCAGCUGUACAAGUGUCAAGUCUAUGGCGACCGGCUGUCAGCUGAGCGUGUGCUAAUCAUGAUUCCACGCGAGAAUCAGUUCCUCGUGGACCGGGACAGAUUUCACGCGCUUGUGGAGCGCUGUUCAGCGAUGGAUCCUCACAUGACCAGAUCCGUCCGCCGGAAGCGGUUUAUUUUCCCAGGUACAAAAUGGUGUGGGGCUGGUGAUAUUGCCAAAUCCUACGGUGAUUUAGGAACGCACAAGUCCACUGACCGCUGCUGUAGGGCUCAUGACCACUGCUCUAUAUCCAUAUCUGCUAAAAAGACGAAAUACGGGGUAUAUAACGAUGGCGAGUAUAGUGUCUCAGCGUGCGUUUGUGAUAAGACCUUUUACGCCUGCCUCAAGGAUGCAAAUUCUGACGCCUCAAACAUCGUCCAUUUUAUUUACUUCAAUGUGGUGUCCUUGAAAUGUCUGGACAUAAAACAUCCACAAAGCUGCACAGGGUAUUGGUUCUGGAAGAAGUGUUCCCCGAAUUAUUCCGUGCCGAAGAAAUGGACUCUUGUAGACUUUAAUAAAGAUUAUCAAUAUGUGUAUCUUCUGCAAUAAGCGACUUUCUGUUUCCAGACAGCGUUCAGUCGUAGCCUCCGUCCGGCUUAACUACUCAGAAGUUUAAGUUCGCAUAAAAUACCUGUAUCUCAACCUCCCUGUUGGAGCCUCGAAUGUAUAUUUACCAUUGUACAGAACUUCGUAAAUAUUAAAAGAAAACAAAACUA